CGUAAUGUGCCAUGGAUGAGAGGCCCACUGCCCACCAGCUGUCACACCUGGCACCGAGGUGGAACUAUUCAGCUCGUGUCGUUGUUUCCACACGGACCAGCAACAUUCCCAGACAUGGCAACCUGCACGCGGACUGCGUGGAAAGUUUUAGCAGGAUGUCAGAGGCAGCUGCUGAGAGCCGGCGGUCCCGCCUACACAGGCAUUUCACAGACUGCACCGAGGAAUCUACCCGUCAGGACGUUCGCAGCUGUCAAGCCACAAAAGAAAAACAAGAAAGAGGACGCAGAGAAGGAGGUGAAGAAAGAAAAGAAGGUCAUCGAUGACACGGACAGACACAAGCCCUUCGGCAAGACGGCGUGGGCGCCCGUGGACGACGUGUACGUUAUGAGGUACUACCCUCGGACGAUCUACGACGCAGCAGACGCCAUCGACAUGCUGAAGAACUUUCAGAAGUUGGAUUUCACUCCUCACAAGCAGCCUGUUUACAUCGAUCUGAAGCUGGACAUGAAACUGGAGAAAAAGAAAAGAGUGGAGCUCUUCGUCAGCACGGUUCAUCUACCGCACCCCUUCAAGACAGAGAUGAACAAAGUUUUAGUUUUUACUGAGGAUGCUAAUCAAGCUGAAGUUGCCCUGCAGAACGGAGCUGUGUUAGCUGGAGGAACAGAGCUCAUACAGCCGAUCUUGGACGACGAGAUUUCAGCAGACUUCUACGUAGCGGUGCCAGAUAUGCUGCAGAAGCUUGUACCGCUGAAAAAUAAACUGAGGAAGAAGUUUCCAAAGAGCAAGAGAGGCUCAGUCGGCAUCCACAUUCCCAAGAUGUUGGAGUUGUUUAAAACAGGUCAUGAGUACAUGGUGGAGAACGAGUGCUACGUCAGGACCCAGAUAGCGAUGCUCGACAUGACCAAAGAACAAAUCUUUGCCAACCUGCAGAAUAUCCUGAUUGACGUUUGCUCCCACCGACCGGCUGAUAUGGUGAGACUGAUGGAGGCAGCAGGGAGACGACAUGCCAGACAGCCGUUCUUUGUGAUUUUUUUUUCACCAGUGCGAUGCAAAAAUGCGUUGCAGGAAUAAAAAUUUGCAUGCAGAUUUUCCACAUGACAGCUAUGCACAUGACUAAAUUGUCCGUUAUUUAGUUGUUGAGGUAGUCGUUGCGGCGGUUGCGGUACUAUAUUGGGUGUUGAGAAACCAAAUUGAUUCCCUCAUUUUGGCAGCAAGCUACCUGGAGCUAUGGCAUCGCUUGGAACAAAGGAAUUCAUUGGUCAAACAUGUAUUUAUGCAGGCUGAAAUUGAGGUCUGUCCGAAUAUAUUUUUCCCUGCACAAAUGUUUUCACAGGGAGAACCCACAAUUUCAGUUUCUAUAAAUUUCAUUGCAAAUUUUUUGGAUGAAAAUUCCUGCUUGGUGUGAAACAGCUUUUACUGUUGAAUUUUCUCAAAGUAUUUCAAACUUUUUUACCCCAAAAUGAGAGCGAGUAGUCCCAUCACCUUUCCUGUAGCAACUAGUUACUAUCUGGGCUUCAUGUGGAUCCAGAGGUCGAGAAUUGUAUUGUUUUAUUGGGAAAAAAAAAUAAUGUUUCCAUCCACAUUUUGCUGGAAAGACGAGAUCGUGUAUGUAUCCAUCUAGAGAUGCCGUGUGCGGUUUUCAGCAGUGAAAAUGACAGUUUAUCAUACCAGCAAUAUUACUACAGUUUCAAUGUCUAUAUUUGUAGAAUAUGACAUGAACAAAAUAAAAAAUAUAUUUUUAAUCAACACGUCCUGUUUCCAUUUCAAAAUAAAAGCCCCGUAGCAUUUUUCUUUGGUCAGAUUCCUUUCAUUUGUUAACAUGAGGCUUUGAUUCUGAAAUAUUUGCAGGACAUUGUUAUGGAACUUGCACAGCUCCAUGAAUAAUAGAAUUACUUGUGGAAAUACGGUAGUAAUAGUAUAAAGUAAAGAAAGUGCUGGCAGUAGCAGCCCAGUGUGGCCCGGGCACAGUGUUACACUGGCAAAAAUAAUCCAAACUUUAUGUUCACUGUGGUGAACCACACAACUCUAAUUGAUUUCCAUAAUGCACAGGAAUGAAUGGAAACUAAAGGCUUUAUAGCAUGCAUUGGAAGAUGGUCAGCAAAAACAUAAAAUGUGCAUGAUUUGUAGUCGAGGAAAAUGUGAAACUAAAUCUUGAAUAAAGACAUUGGUAUGGUCUUUUAAACACUGAAUGGAGAUUAAAUUAUCGAUGCUCUUUUCAGUGCCGGUAUAAACGGACAGUAUUUUCAGUCCGUUGGAGUUAAUUCAUUUGUGAUCUUCUGUACAUUCGCUUAGCCGUUCGAUAAUGAGAUGCAGAGUGUAAUCAUCAGCUAAUGGACCCUCAUUAGAGGGAGAGGCUCAAAUGAUCUACAGUAUAAUUGAUUCGGAGCUUGCUAAAUAAAAUGUCAUUAACAGUGCUGAAGUAAACUGCAGAGCUUUCAGAAACACUGAUUGAGGACACUUUAAAAACCGGUGGCCCUUUGUGACCUGGAACUUCUCAUAUCAAGAACUCUUUACUUUCCCAUUUAUCUUGGAUCGCUCUCCUGAGGACCGUAUUGCCACUCAGGCGGCCACUGAAUAAUGGGUUUCUGGCUCGAAUUUCCUUCCUAUAGGGGUACAGAUUGUGUCCUGACCGCACACAAAAUGUACUGCAGUUUGUAUAAAUAAAAUCUCCUCGUUCAGGUUGACUCGAGUACAGUUGCUUGGACCUCAGACAUAUUAGGAAAACAUGUUCACAUCACAGAAUAUUUAGCCAAACGGCUCCCAGAUUUAGACUAAACCUGUGUGAAAGCGUAGUAAUAAGAGGUGCAUUAUCUCACACUGGCCUUUUAAAAUUAUCAAUCCUGGUUUUUAUGAUUAUCUCCUCUGUACUUAAAGGAGCACAAAGGGAAAAAGCAGGAAAACAUGUGAUAGUUUUUAAUGUGAUGAUGGCAUGAUUGGCAUAAACAACUGUAACAAACUGAUCUUAUUAUCCAUAUGUACUCUUCUGGACAAUUAAAGGUACAGUGUGUAGGAUUUGGAGGCAUCUAGUGGUGUGGUUGUAGAUUGCAACCACCUGAGUACCCCUCCGCUCACUCCUCCCUUUCCAAGACUGCGGUAACGUGAGCCGCCGAUGUGCAAAACCGUGGUAACGCUGUUAACCUCGCUCACGCAGGUACUCAUGGUUGCUUCUCCAAACUGGGAGCAUGCCAACCGCUAUCUACUGUAGGUAACGUUAAGACACUGACUAUAAGGAUGUAUAUAUACUGUACAUGUACAGAGACCUACGUCACGCUUGAAAUAAAAUAGCAUUUUGACGCUUAAACAUACCUGCUUUGACCAAAAUGUGAAUGUUGUGAUUUGAAUACAUCAGGAACACCACUGAGAAGCUACAGAAUGAUAUAAAAACCUAAAAAAAAC